AUGGCACCCUUCAGACAAGAUAGCUACUUCAUCAUAUAUCCUGGAUCUCAACAUGGGUUGGUUCAAUUUGGUAUGAGAGAGGAAACUUUAUAUCCGGCCCAGUUGCAAAUUCCUUCUACGGUGUAUAGAACCACUGAAGGCAAAUUCACAGCUAAGGAAGAUGGUAACCAACCUGUUAAGCCGCUGCAGGAUGGGAAAAUCAUGGACUUGGACGCGUUCCUAUUUUACAUUAAGCUGGUUUACAGAUCAUACUUAGCACAGCGAUCCAGGUUUGGAGCCAGUCCAGAGGUCUUUGAUAUGGAGCUUUCAAAUAUUCCGAUGCUCAUGUUGAGCCACCCUUCUUGGACUCAUUUCCAGCUGGAGGCAAUUACGCAAUUUGUAUUUGAACAGUUACAAAUCAACAAUUUCAUGUUCUUGCCAUCGAACUUGGCCUGCUCCUAUGCGCUCGGCUCCUUGCAAAACUGUGUGGUCAUAGAUAUUCAUGCCAAGGGCACCGAUGUAACCCCAAUUUUGGAUUAUAUUCAGUUGACACAUUUGUAUACGAAAGUGAAAAAUGGUGGUGACUUGAUCAACGAAGAGCUUGCCAAAUUACUACCUCAAUGGACACCAGAACAAAUAGAGGACUUGAAAAGAUCGCCAAUUUUUGAAAUUUUAAGCGAGGACGUUAAGAAAACCUCUGCAUUAAAUUUUCAACCCGAGGAAGACGAAGGAACCCUGGACGUAGCAGCGCUAAUCACAAGUGACAGAGACCCUAGAGAAAUACUAGAAGAGCGGGAGAAAGAUAAAGCCGGUCAGCAGGAGUCAAACAGUGAAUUGGAAACGAAUGUAUUUGAGGAUCGUCAUGGGAAGCAAACUAUGGUUGGCAAACAAAGAUUUAAAGGCUGUGAAAGUCUGAUUGCUGAGAUCUCCAAAGCGGUAGGACGCGUUUUGUCACAAAUCGAUGACUUUCACAAGCUCAGAGCAAUUUGGGAGAAUAUUGUGAUCAUCGGAGGAACUACGUCUAUAACAGGACUCAAAGAAGCCCUAAUCCAAAGGCUAAUGGAAGAUCAUCUAGUUGAAGAACCAGAUGCAGAAAAGGCGUCUAGAGAACAAGAACAUCUGGUCCAGGCAACGAAUAAGAAAAAGGCAAAAGCUGCUAGCUCUUUCUUAAGCACGGUAGACUACGUGCAGAUACCUACUGUGAUCAGGUUAGCGAAAUAUCCAGAUUAUUUCCCAGAGUGGAAAAAGCAUGGAUAUAGCGAGUUGCCUUUCUUAGGUGCACAGAUUGUUGCUAAACAGGGAUUCGGUCACGCAAAUGAGAGUUUUUAUAUUACCAGGGAAAGAUAUGAAAAGAAGGGGCCCUCGUCCAUUUGGGAUGUAACCUUUUAG